AUGAAUACAUACGCAAAACUUCUUAUUCGACUGCAACCCAGUGGCCGUCAAUUACUUCAACAACAACAACAACAUGAACAAAUUGCUUCAUCUCUUCCAACAGUAUUUUCUUCCGUAAGAAAAGCGAGUAGUGGAACUACACUCGAAUAUGAUACACCAAAAGCUUAUAAACUUCAUAUGCUUGAAAAAGGUCCAAGUACUCAUGUGUCAUGUAAUCGUGAAGAAGGUUUAGAGUAUUAUAAAAAAAUGCAAGUUGUACGUCGAAUGGAAGCAUCCGCUAAUAAUAUGUAUAAAUCAAAAUUAAUUCGAGGUUUUUGUCAUCUUUAUUCUGGACAAGAAGCUGUUUGCGUAGGUAUGAAAGCAGCUAUGGAUAAAAAUGAUUCAUUAAUUACUGCUUAUCGUGCACAUGGUUGGACAUAUAUGAUGGGUGUAUCUGUUACAGGUAUAUUAGCAGAAUUAACAGGUAGAAAAAGUGGUUGUGCUGAAGGACGUGGUGGUAGUAUGCAUAUGUAUGCACCAAAUUUUUAUGGUGGAAAUGGUAUUGUUGGAGCUCAAGUACCAUUAGGAGCAGGAGUUGCUUUUGCUCAUAAAUACCGUGGUGAAUCAAAUGUUUGCAUUGCAUUGUAUGGUGAUGGUGCUGCUAAUCAAGGACAAGUAUUUGAAGCAUAUAAUAUGGCUAAAUUAUGGUCCUUACCAUGUAUUUUUGUAUGUGAAAAUAAUGGUUAUGGUAUGGGUACAAGUACAGCACGUGCUAGUGCUAAUCCCAAUUUUUAUACUCGAUGCGAGUAUAUUCCCGGUAUUUGGGUCGAUGGUAUGGAUGUACUUGCUGUACGUGAAGCAACACGAUUUGCUCGAGAUUGGUGUACAUCUGGAAAAGGUCCUAUGAUUAUGGAAAUGGCAACAUAUCGUUAUUUUGGUCAUUCAAUGUCUGAUCCAGGAACGAGUUAUCGAACUCGUGAAGAAGUUCAAGAUGUUCGAAAAAGUCGUGAUCCAAUAACAUCAUUCCGAGAAAAAGUUAUCGAAGCUAAUUUAGCUACUGAUGAAGAAUUUAAAAAUAUUGAUAAUGAAGUUAAAAAAAUAAUUGAAGAUGCUGAAAAUCAUGCACAAAAUGAUCCAGAAUUACAUGUUGAUGAAUUAUAUUCACAUGUUUAUUCAAUGCGACCAGAAAAUUUCAAAAUACGUGGAUGCGACAAUUUUACUUUUAAGGAAAUAAGCAAAUAA